AUAAAUACCCCCAGAUAUUCGACUGGAAGAGAGGAAUAGUAGUGGUGGCGUGUAUCUUUGUCCCAAAGAGGAGGAAGAAGAAGUUUAUCAGAACUGGCAAACAACAACUCGACGGACAAAUGGAUUAUGAAACGGCUGGUUUAUAUACUUUGGAUGAAGCCCUCGAAACUGUGGGGUUUGGGAGAUUCCAAGUGUUUGUGCUUGGAUACGCUGGGCUAGGAUGGCUUGCUGAAGCUAUGGAGAUCAUGAUUCUCUCCUUCAUCGGACAAGCCGUUAAGUCGGAGUGGCAGCUUUCCUCCUCUCAGGAGAGCCUGUUGAGCACCAUCGUCUUUGCUGGGAUGCUCAUCGGAGCUUAUACUUGGGGCAUUUUGUCCGAUAAUUACGGUAGGAGGAAAGGUUUUCUUGUUAUAUCCAUAGUAACAUUUGGAGCUGGAUUCUUGAGCACCUUCUCUCCAAACUAUUUAUCACUUGUUGUUCUCCGGGGUUUGGUUGGUUUUGGCCUUGGUGGUUCGUCUGUGUUCUUAUCCUGGUUCCUAGAGUUUGUUCCCGCUUCCAAUAGAGGCAUGUGGAUGGUUGUGUUUUCGACUUUCUGGACAUUUGGGUCCAUCUUUGAGGCUACUCUCGCGUGGAUUGCCAUGCCUAGAUUAGGCUGGAGGUGGGUACUUGCGUUUUCAUCUGUGCCAUCUUUUGCUCUGCUUCUUUUGUUCAGUGUUGCACCCGAGUCUCCGAGAUACCUAUGCUUGAAAGGUAGAACAAGUGAUGCACUUCAAAUUAUGGAGAAGGUAGCUUCAGCGAACCAAACAAAGCUUCCUCCCGGUGCCCUAAUUUCCGGUAGAUCAGGAGACAAGGAUGAAGAGUCUGCUCCGUCCCCAUCAGACGAGAUGAGUCCAUUACUUCCCUCACUGGAUGAAAAAAGCAAGAAAUCAAUAUCAGGCUUCUCAUCGUUUUUUAUGCUCUUCUCAUCGAAAUUAAUUAAAACAACGAUGCUCCUCUGGAUAUUAUUCUUUGGAGACUCGUUUUCGUAUUACGGCAUCAUACUCCUUACUUCAAAGCUAAGUAGCAAUCAAAGUGGAUGUUUCCAAUCUCUUCAUAGCACUAGAAAUCUCCAGGGUGCUGACCUUUACUCAAAUGCAUUCAUCACUAGUAUGGCAGAGCUUCCCGGGCUUUUCUUGUCGGCAAUAUUGGUCGAUAGGGUUGGCCGCAAACAGUCCAUGGCGAUUAUGUUUGGCUUAGCGUUCAUAUUCCUUCUCCCACUUCUAGCCCAUCAGCCUUCUGUUUUAACUACCUUCUUAUUAUUCGGAGCUCGCAUGAACGCAAUGGGAACCUUCACAGUUGCCUCUAUAUAUUCCCCCGAGCUAUAUCCGACCUCGGUGCGUACAACGGGGGCUGGAGUUGCGAGUGCGAUAGGAAGAAUCGGUGGUAUGGUAUGCCCUCUUGUUGCGGUCGGAUUGGUGAAUGCGUGCCAUCAAACUGCAGCUGUAGCUCUGUUUUUGGUCGCUAUAGUUGUUUCGAUAAUCUGUAUCCAGUUCUUCCCCUACGAUACCAAGGGAAGGGAACUCAGUGAUACUAGCUGAUGAUGGCAAGCAAGACAAACACAUUGCUGUCCAUAAUUUGUGUUUUAAGGGAAAUAAUUUGUUGUUGUUGAUGUUGUUUUCUAGCCUCUACCUGUAUUGAUAUUUGAAGCGUGGGGUGGAGAUGUAAUAUACAGACUUAAAAUAUCUAGUUUGAGAAAAUGUUAUGAUUGAGCUCUUCCUUGUGGUGCA